ACAUUGACAUUAAAAUGACAUGACAUAGUAGGUAGUCAAUUCAAUUCAAUCGUGCGAUGUUGAUAAUCAAGGCUUAACUUAUUGUUGUAAUAACUUCAAUUACUUGAUGCAGGCGUGUGUUUGGACAUUAAUUGUGGGAGGUUCAAUACAAACCUCAAAAAAGCUUAGUAGACAUGGACGACUUGUCCAUGAAUCGCUAUGAAAAACAACUGUAUUCUGUGUUCAAAACCUUCGACGUAGAUAACGAGGAAGCCUUAGACAGGUCAGCAGUUCACAAGCUUUGUGACGCAUUGCAGCUCGAGGAUCGCGGUGCGACCCUCGUGAAUACUUUAUUCGAACGGAGUUCCGGCCGCAUCACCUUCGCACAGUUCCGGAACGGGCUGCUUGCUGUGCUCGGCGGUUCUGGAGGCGAGCCAGCACGCGCGCUAUCCGCACCGUCUGCGACGGAUGCAGCUCCACAUCACAGUGACGACGAUUCCUCGGGCCGAGAAGUGGCUCCCAAAUUUGUAUUUGGAUCAAAAAAAUAUGGUCGCCGAUCUAGGCCAACUCGUUCCGGACCUGCAGCUGAUGAGCCUUCUAGUCCACGCUCCUCUUCAGCUUCACGACUGGACACUGAUGAUAAGAAGGCAAAACAACGUAUGAGGUGCAGACGAAGUGCAUCUGUUAUGGAGACCCGGGGAGAUAGCGAAAAUAAUGGCCAACAUGAUGCUUCUACUACAAAUGUUUUUGAACACGACCGGCGCAUUGACCGUGAUGAAGCUUUCGCCUUGUGCCGUGAUUUAAACAUGGACGGUAUCGACCAACGGCUUAUAGAGCGAAUAUUUGAUAACACUACAGAUACUACUGUAGGUGAGUUUUUUGACCGUCUUAAUGCUGAACUCACAACUACAAUGGAAGAGGCCUCACGUGACGUCUCACCUACAGCAACAAUCCCAGACACCAUUGCUGAUGUGGCCCACGAUGAAGCCUCAUCUGGAUUACCCAGUGAGCUUGUACUGGAGGCAUGGGAGCGAGCAGGGGUGCACCAACCACGUCGCUUACUUACUGAGCUUGGCUUUGGUGCAGUUGCAUUGAGCUUACCUGAGCUAGAAUGUGCCCUGGAUGAUGAAUUACGGGCUCUAAGCGAACCAACUGAUGAGCCGCGAGAUGCUCGUACACUUUUACUUUUGGCUGCGCUCACACUUAGCCGACUACGCCUAGAACUGACGCGGCGUCGCAUAGAUGUGACUACUGCCGAGAGAGAUAAGCUCCGAGGAGACGUUGCCGAGGCUAAUAGACAUGCCAGACUAAUGGCACAAGAAGUCGAUGAAAGUCAUGCUCGUAUCGAGGCCGAAUUGAAAGCGAGUCUCCGUCGAGCUGAGGCGCGUCAUGCAGAAGCCAUCCGCCAGGCUGCCGCGGAACAUGCGGCCGAGCGAGAGCGCGCUGCGGCUACACGAGCGCGGCUCGAAGCGGAGAUCACGAGACGUGCCGACCUGGAGGCGCGCUUACGGGGUGAGAUGAGUGGACUGCAGGAGCGCGCCGACGAGCUCGAGGCGCGCGUAGCGACUGCAGAAGAACGUUGCACUGAAACCGAGAGGGAACGGGUGCGGCUAGCGGGCGAGCUCCGCGCGGCACUGGAGCAGGGUGCGGCGGCACGCUCGAACGACGUUCCGCGCGAGCUGGCGGAGCAGCUGUGCGAGCUGCGGCGCGACAACCAGCGCCUGCGCGACCGGAACGACGAGCUUUGUGCCGCGCUGGAGGCCAGCACUCGCUGCGCACCGGGCCCGCCCGAGCCCCGCAGUGGGGAUCUCUCCACUGAACUGGACUCACUGUUCACUCAUGAACACUCUGAGUGCCGCCCAUACACACCUGAAACACCAAGGCGUUACAAGUGCGUUACCGGCCUUUUGGGAAUUGGAGAUUUGAGGAUUGUGGAUGAGGAGAUGAGGAGACUGGAGAAUUGGGCCUCCAGUAACCUCCUCACUCACACGACAAAAUACAACGCUAGCGUUGGUUGGUUCACGACGGUUUUUUGUGAGGCCGUGGAAUGUGAUUCUUCGCCUGUGAGUAUAGAGCAGAACAGGAUACUGAGCCAUGUGGAAGCAAUAGCGAAACUCAGCGAGAUGUUCGAUAGCGUGCUGGCGCUGUCCCCCGGCGCCGGCGACAGCGCGGCCUGCGCGCACUGCGCCGCCACCGCCGCCGCCGUGCGCGGCCUGCGCGCGCGGGUCAGCGACCUCAGCGACACGCUCAUCUGCAGUGCCCAGCCCUGCCACCGCGCCGCACAGACUGACCACCAGCCUGAUGCCGACUCGGAUGCGCUGCGCCGGGAUUUACUCGACGCCGAACGCCGACACGAAGAUGAAAAGAGGAAACUCUCCAACCUUGUAAAGGAUCUGGAGGCUAGCCUCGAGCAGAUGAAGGCGGAGUACGACAAGUGCGAAGAGUACUGGAGCAACAAGCUGGAGGAGGAACGCGAGCUGUUCGGCGAGGAGCAGCGGCUGGGGGACGAACGGCUGGGCGAGCUGGUCGCCAAGAUCUCGGAGUACGAGCGACAGUUCGCGCCCGCCGCCGCGCUGCCGACCAUCGACGAGCGCCACAGCCUCGAGGCGCAGUUCACGGACCUGGAGGAGGAGUUCGAACGCUAUCGCCGCGACAAGGAGGCCGAGCUCAGCGCGCGCGGCGCCGAGCUGGCGCGGCUGGCCGAGCGCCUGGCGGCGGCCGAGCGGCGGCGCGCGCCGGCCGCGGCGGCGCCCGCGGCGAGGUGCGCGAGCUGCGCGCGCGCCUGGCGCGGGCCGAGGCGGGCGCGCGGCGGCUGGCGGCGCGGCUGGCGGCGGCCGACGUGCUGGUCAAGGACCUGUACGUGGAGAACUGUCAGCUGGCGCACCGCCGCCCGCUGUGACGCGUCAUGUGAUGAUGGAAUGCUCGUCCCACGAACGAUUACUAUUAAUGCAUUUGCGUGA